GGGCGGUGGAGGAUGAUGUAAUGCUGUCUCUUGUCAAUGAUCAUACAUCUUUUUGGCGAUUUAUUGUUGCGUCUCGUCGUUGAAAUACUCUUUUUUUCAUUGAGCUUAGUGCUGGAGGCUGCAUUGUAUGAUACGUCCACUAUUGACCAGACGGUUCCAGUCUCCUCUUCUUUCCGCAGUUCGUUUCUAUAGUAGAACAGCCGCAAUGUCGCUAAAGGCAAUCUCUUCCAAAGAUGCUGCUUCGCUUGAUAAAGACCUCAUGAGCAUAGGAGGCUGGUCAUUGGACCAAUUAAUGGAACUUGCGGGAUUGUCCGUGUCGCAAGCCGUCUGGCGUGUCCAUCCCCUCAGCGCAGGAAAGAAUGUUCUCGUUGUCUGUGGUCCAGGUAACAAUGGCGGCGAUGGUUUAGUUGCAGCUCGACAUCUCGCUCAAUACGGGUACACUCCGUCCGUAUACUAUCCCAAAGAAGGCAAAAACGAACUCUACCAACGCCUCAAAACCCAACUCCACAACCUCUCAGUCCCCUUCGUCCCAGACUUCACAGAAGCCCUCAAAUCAACCAACUUCAUCGUCGACGCCAUCUUCGGCUUCUCCUUUGGCGGCCCUCUCCGUGAACCCUUCCCGUCUAUCAUUUCUCAGAUAGAAUCUACAUCUGUCCCCGUGCUUAGCGUUGAUGCGCCCAGUUCGUGGGAUAUAGAGAGUGGUCCGCCGAAGGAGGGGCCCGGGGCUAAGUUUAUGCCGCAGACGCUGAUUAGUCUGACGGCGCCAAAGCCGUGUGUCAAGUAUUACCAGGGUAGGCACUUUCUUGGUGGGCGGUUCUUGACCAAGGAGAUCUUGGAAAAGUAUGGGCUGGACUGUCCGGAGUAUCCGGGUAUUGAUCAGAUUGUUGAAGUUGGUGUCAACACGGAGGGAAGACUUUGAAGCAGCCAGGGAAAUGAAACUAAUGAUUUGGCAUACGACGAUAUUAUAUAAAAAGGGAGAAUUUAAAGUCAAG